AUGAAACCAAUUACAAGCGUCUUGCGAGCCUCUAGGAGCUCUAGGAAUUCUGCAAUUGUCAGCUCUUCGAUACGCCAGCGGCAGUUCUCUAGCACCAGGGAGCGGAAAGCUAAUAAUCGCAUCUACACCCCGGUCCGCCGUCCCGAUGAUUUCUCUUCCUACCUCCUCCUCUCGACGUCGUCGCGCGCACCCCUACUAACCCUCUGGACCGCCUCCUACUGCCGCACCUGUAAGCAGGUGUCUCCCCUCGUGCACGAACUGAUCUCUCAAGGCGUCGGCGAGGAAGAGGGCGGUGUCUCCUUCUGCGAGGUAGAGUUCGAUGCGCCGGAUAUCAUGGGCAGCGGGUUGGCAAUGACGUAUCUGAUCACUAGCAUGCCGACGUUAUUGAGCUUUGAUAGGGGAGAGGCGCAACUCCAGACCAAGGUCACGGAUCCUAGGAAGAUGGCUGAUAGGGAGUGGCUGCGGGAAUGGAUCAGGACUGAGGCGAGGAGGCAGGGCGGGGGAGGAGGGGGAGGCGAUUCAGGCUUGUUUGGAGGGCUUUUUGGGAAGACGAGAUAA